UCCCGGCGAGAGCAGCGCGGAGCCCGCGGGCGCCGGGCCGGGAGGCAGAGCCCGCCGCCAGCCGGGCAGCGCUGCAGAGCUGAGCCCGCCGCCCCGCGCUGCAUGGGCGCCGGCAGCCGGCCCUGCGCGCCCCGCCGGGCGCUGCACGCUGCUGGCGGCCAGGCGCUGAGAGCCCCGCGCGCUCCGCCCUGCCCGGCCGCGGCUGAGGCCAUGCCGCAGCGCGCCCCGCCGGCUCCCGCGCGCCAGCCCUGAGCCCCGCGCGCCGGCCGCCCCGCACCGCACCGCACCGUACCGCCCCGCGCCGCGCCGCAGCCAGCGAGCCAGCGGGGGGAGCGGGCGGCUCUGGCGGCUCGGCCGGGCGGGCCCAGUGCGGCGGCGGCGGCGGCCGGGUGGAUGCGUGUGCAUGAGUGCUGCAGCGAAUGGGCGCAAGAAGCGCCCCCGGCCCGCCGCCCUCUUCCACCUCGGCAAGCCCCUGCCCGGCCGGGACGGCGAGCGCCGGGCCAGCGGCGCGGACGGCGCCUGCCGCAGCCAGCGAGCCCUGGAGGACUGCAAGGCGCUUGUCCAGGAGUUCAAUACCCAAGUGGCUCUAUACCGGGAGUUAGUGAUUUCCAUUGGGGAUGUGUCAGUCAACUGUCCGUCUCUACGUGCUGAAAUGCACAAGACUCGAACCAAAGGAUGCGAGAUGGCUUAUCAUGCACACCAAAAACUAUCAGCAAUUUCUGGCAGCACAGGCUCUUCCCUGCAUGGCUGCUCCUCCUCCUGGCUCCUCCUCCUGUCUUCAAACAGCCCAGAAGAUGGUGAGAUUCACCCUGAAAUCUGUAGACUAUACAUCCAGUUGCAGUGUUGCUUAGAAAUGUACACAACAGAGAUGCUUAAAUCUGUAUGUCUGCUAGGAUCCCUUCAGUUUCACCGGAAAGGAAAAGAGCCUUGUGCCACCAAGAUUGUAGACAGUAAAAUGGAGGAGAGUUCAGAAGUACCUAUUUUAGAGGACACAUCAUCAUCACCAAUAGAUAUUCAACAACAUUCAUGGCAGGUUUCCACAGAUAUUGAAAAUGCUGAAAGAGAUAUAAGAGAAAUGAAAAACCUUUUAAGUAAACUCAGGGAGACUAUGCCUUUACCAUUGAAAAAUCAAGAUGAUAGCAGCCUCCUAAACCUGACUCCUUACCCAUUAGUGAGAAGACGGAAGCGAAGAUUCUUUGGACUAUGCUGCCUUGUUUCAAGCUAAAAGAUUCAACACAGAAAUGCCAAGAAAAAGAUAACUUUGAUUAAGCCAAUAUUAUUUGACCUUUGAAAGAAUAAAUCUUGACUGCUCUUGAUUAUCAAGUAUGUUUUCUACACUGCCCUGUUACUUUGUCCCAUUCCCCUUUUCACAAAAAGUUUUACAAUGUGGUGUUGCAGACAAGAACCAAAUGGGGAACAGAUAUACCAUAUUUCAAAUGUUUUUAAAUAUUUUUUUAAAAUGACAUUUACAUGCAUGCUUUAAAUCAUACAGUGACAAAAGAAGAAUUAUUGUUAUGGGUUUUUUUUUUUACUGUGCAGCCACAAAGUUUUGUUUACAAUACAAGUCUAGGACUAUAACUUAUUAGUAUCACAUUAAAAUAUUUGAUCAUAUUCUAACAAUCUUUAUACAUAAAUAGCUAUUUAAAACAGCAAAGUGUUAACGUUCUAAAAUAUUAAAAUAAUAUAUAAUAGAACAUGCACAAGCUCUCCUAUUGCUUUUUGUGCUCUCAUUCAUAUUUAGUCUUCCACUCUCUCUCAAUUUAUCCAAGAACUACAUAGUCAAAUAUAUCUUAAUUUAUAAUACACAAAACCAUGUAUGAGAAAUAUUCAGAACUUGUAAAUACAGAGUAAUCAUUGUAUCUACAUACUGUACAAUGCAUAGAAGUAAUGAAAUUACUUUUAAGCCAAUGGUGUCUAUUUCAACUUUUGGAAGAAAGGAGUAAUUCAGUUAAAAAAGAUGGUGUAGUAAAAUAUACUAUUACCCUCAAAUGUAAAGCAGAUUACCAUAUUUUGUUUCCAUUAGCAGUUGAAGCAUGUCUGCGCAUCAACUAAAUGUUCACUCUUAUAGGGCAUGCCAGAAUUAGCUCAGACUGUAAUAUAUUAGACAUUUUACAUUGUUAAUAAAAUUUUUUAGUUAAAUUUAAAA